AUGACGCUGAAGGUGUCCGUCAUUGCCGCGGACGAGCUCCUGAGGCUGGUAGACGGGCACAGACUUGUGCAGUUGAGGCUGCGGUGGCACGACUACCAUCGCGUGCACAGCCCAGUGGACGGUCGCAUUGCGUCCGUGGACGCCUUCGUCAAGGACGAGCUCUUCCCGGGCUCGGAGGCGAUGACUGUCUUUGCGAUAGAGGCCUGCCUCGGCACCGUCAAGCUGAUGUGCAUAGGGGAGUGGUCGGUGCAGUCCUUCGUCCUCCACCAGCGCUCCGUUCGCGGCGGCCAGGUGAGGAAGAUGGACGAGCUGGGCCACUUCGAUGCCGGCUCGCAGGUGCUGCUGGUGCUGCCGCGGGGGGCCGACGUGCUGCUGCGCGGCGGGGAGCGCCUGUUCCCAGGGGAUCCAGUGGCGACGGGGCCCGCGGCAGUGUGCCAGGGCUCGACCGGCGGCUGA